GGUUAGUAUAAGGUUUGCAGAUAAAUUAUUGCAUUCCUAACUUCAUUCCUUUUACCGGCAACAAUAUCAUGCGAUUCAUGUGUUAGUGUAUUACCUAUUUGUUCAUUUUCAUUAAUUUUGUUUCAUUUUAAUUAUUUUUAAUUAAUGCACCUCGAUUACAAUUCCAGUAUAAUCAAUCAUGAUGAACAGGAUAAAAAUUAAGCAGUUAUUCUCUUAUAAAUUUUACUCUCCUACUCAGUUGUACAAUUUUCAAAAAUUGAAUUUUUCCAUUUCGCUAUCUCAAAAUUGCUAUAAAUUACAUAAUAAACGAUUAUUGCAACAUUGUAAGUAUUUAACAAUGCAUGCAUUUUUGUAGCAGUCUAGUAUACAAUGUUUUUAUCUUGCAGGUAUCAAACCACUAUACCCAUACAGUAAUAAAAAUAUACAUACGAGUAGUUAUUUAAAAAGCAAGGAUUUUUACAGUAUUUUAGGUGUGCCCAAAAAUGCUUCUCAGAAGGAAAUAAAAAAAGCUUAUUAUCAACUUGCCAAAAAAUUCCAUCCAGAUACUAAUAAAGGUGAUCCUAAUGCAAAUAAAAAAUUUCAAGAGGUCUCUGAAGCUUAUGAAGUAAGUUUAAAAUUUAUCUAAUUUAUAUUGACUUAAUGCAUAUUUAUACAAGUAUCUUAUAUCUUUAAUACUUACUAUGAACCAAAAUUUUAAAUCAUUAAUUCUUUACUUGUUUUAGAGAAAAAAAUAAUAUUUACUUAGGCAGUUUGUUAAUAAUAUAAGAACACUCAUUAAAUUAUAAUAUAAUGUAUACAAUUAUAUUUAAUAUAUGAUGCAACACUUACAUUUUAAAUUUAUAUAAAUAUACUUUGCAAUAAUAAUAUUAAAGACAUUAAAGAAUUAGUGUAAUUUUUUUUUCCGAGUUAAAACCAAUAGCAGUUAGAGCCUGUUCCUACAAACUUCCCCACUGCUUCUAUCAUUUAUUAAUAAUUACAAACAAUAUGUACAAAUUUGUUUCUUGUUUGUGGGGUAGGCACACACAAUUAAUUAAAAAUACAAAAAUAAUGAUUCCCUGAAUCAAUAUCUCCCUGACCCAGUUCAUAAACCCAAGUAGGCAGUUUGUUUUACCAUUUCUGUUCCUGACCCAGUUCACCGAACUUAUCCAUGACUUAAUACAAUUUAUUAUGACAUAUUGCCAUAUCCACAACAAAGGGGAACCAAGAAACACAUUCAUUUUUUAAUAUUUUUAUUUAAUACUGUGCUGGAAAAUUGGUAUAUAUAUAUUGUUUUAGAAUUGUUUUGAAAUUACAAUUUAUAAUUUAAAUUAUUUAAUAAAUCAUAUCUUGAGUUAUUAUAAUGAUAUGAAGGGUACAAACUGAAGAGUUGAUACUGGGAACGGGUGUGCCACUAUUGUAGUGGACAAUUUGGGAAGGUAGGAUUAUUAUUGUUUAUUUCUUUGAAAAGAUAAUGGAGCCCACUGAACAGGUGUAGGUUCACAAUUGAGUUCACCAUGAGUUCACAAUUUAUGAUAAAGAAAGUAAUACAUUCAUAAUAAUAAUUUACAUUGUAACUUUUUUUUUACAAUUUUAGACUUAUUAAAUGAUGAAACUAACUUAAACAUAUAAAAUAUAGGUAACAAUAAUUAAUAUACAUGGAGACUUAGUGUAUAAUAUAGUAUGAUAAAAUACAAAUGCAAGCAACUAGAUUAAAAAUAUAAAAAUAUUUAAAGUUUUAUAUUUAUUUUGCAGUCAGUUAUUUAUUUUUAAAGUUAAGUAUUUAAGGAUAGAGUUGUUUUGAUGUUAAAUGAAAGCAUAUUAUACAUUUUUGGUUCUGUAUAAAAGUAGAUUGAGUUAGUUUUCUGUGUAUUAAAGGUACAGUAAUAUUUAAUAAUUGUCAUAUUAUACAAAUGAUCAAUACAUGUAAUAAUAGGAUACAAAAUUAUUUAAUUUAAACCUGUAACCAAUGAUAAACCAUUACUAACGAAAAACUAUUCAGAGGGAAAUUUGGUUAUACAUAUUUUGAAAAACCCUAAUACUUAAGAUUUUUGUCAAAAUUUAAUUUUAAAACUUAUAAAAAAAAUAACUAUAUUAUACUCAUAUAUUUUGUUGCCACCAAGUGAGACUUAUAAUGAACCUCCUGUCAAAUUUUCAAAGAUUUCUGUUUAAUUUAACAAUUUUAUCCAUAGAGUACCUACCGGAAAAAAUUGCAUAAAACUUCAAAAUUUUAAUGUCUUUAAAUAGCUUAAAAAUGACUUAAAUUUUUUAAAAAUUUUACCAUAUCAAGAAAAAUUAAAUAUACGGUUUUUGCCUAAAUUUUAAGCUUCUACAAAUAUUUUUUAACUGGAUUGCAAAAAAAAAAUUAAAAUUAUUUUUCUGUCCAACUAGAUCCAAAAUAUAUCAAAAAAGGUUUUGUCAAUUUUCAUUUUGUUCUAAUUUGGUUUCUGGUUUUUCCCAAUUAUUUAGAGAUUUAAAAAAUGAAUAACCUUUUCAAUGUGCCAACUAGAUAAGUUUUCCUUUUCUAAAAGGUACUACACUCUUUACAUGGAAGCAAGAUUGCUUUUCAAAAUGUUAAAAAAAAAAAUACAAAAAUACAUUAUAGCUAAACCAAUAAAGCUAUGCUCUGAAUCUAAUAUCAGUAAUACCUACACAUUUAAAAACAUACUGUACAUAAAUUAAUAAACCUAUACAAUUAUGAGCAAAAUGUAUUUAUUUAAAAGUAAUUUAUGUAUUAGUUUAUUGAGGUUUAUUCAACUAUAAUUUAAUUGUUUCUAUCAAUCAAUAACAAACAAAAAUAUAUGGAUUUGCUCUUGAACAGCAAAUCCAUGUGUGGGAAUUAUAUCAGUUUAUAGUACAAUUUUAAAAAUUCUUUAAUAUCAACAUAAUAUUUUAUUUAUUUCUAAUAUUUUUAUCCAAAAUAAAAUAAAUGUUUAAUUAGAACUGCUAACUGCUGAAUAAAAUAUUAAUUAGUUACUAUUAAUGUAUGUAAGCUAUAUAGAAACUUGUAAAGCUCAUAUAAAUGCACACAUAAAGCUAUACAAUUAAACAUUUUUUAACAUUUUAAAUUAUUUAUUAAGAUUUUUUGUAUAGGACCAUUAGAAUAUAGUAAAUUAGUUAAUAUCCUUGAAACAUACAAGAAUAAUAAUACAAAUAUUUCCUGAUACUUAGGUAAAUUAGUAAAUCAUAUUUUUAUUAAAUUAUUUGCUCCUAACUAGUUAUUAUGUUGGUUAUAGCCAACACCAAUGUAUUAUAUUUACAUAUUUACUGAAAUGUUUAGAAUGUUCAAAAAUCUAAAUACUUCAUAAUUUUGAAUUUAAAAUCAAUUUUAGGUUUUAGGGGAUGAGAAAAAAAGAAAUGCAUAUGAUACAUGGGGCUCUACAGGAUCAAAUAACAUGGGUGGCACAUCAGGAAUGGGAAAUGACAAUUUUCAUAGUGGAAAAAAUUCUUGGAGUUUUAAUUCUAAUGUAGAUGCUGAAGAAUUAUUUAGAAAAAUAUUCAAUCAGAAUGGUUUUGGGGACGGUGGGAAGUUUGAAGAAGAUUUUGCUGAUUCAAAAUUUGGAUUUGGAGCUGCUGAAGAAGUAAUGAUUAACUUCAAAUACAUUAUUUUAAAAAUUGUAUUCAUUCUUAAAACUUGUUUAGAUUGUUGUUAAAAUUACAUUCGAACAAGCUGCUAGAGGUGUUAAUAAAGAUUUAAGUAUUAAUGUAGUUGAUAUUUGUCCAAAAUGUCGUGGUUCACGCUCUGAAUUAGGAUAUAAAGCAGUUCCAUGUUCUAAUUGUAAUGGUACUGGAAUGGAAACAAUAUCAAGAGGUAUACAUUUUAAUUAAUAUGUUUUUAUAAAGCAAUAUUUAAAAUAUAAAUAUGUUUAGGUCCUUUUUUAAUGAAAUCAACAUGCAGACAUUGCCAAGGAACUAGAGUCAUAAUUAAAAAUCCAUGUAUGGAAUGUCAUGGUAAAGGAAACACUGUACAGAAUAAAAAUGUAACAGUGCCAGUCCCUGCAGGUAUAAUUUAUAUUUAAAUGUUUUAAUGAUAAUAUAAUUAUUAGCAUUAUCAAAAUCAUAGUUUUAUGUGAAUACAUACAAAUACAUUUGUAUUAAUACAAUUUGUUUUGUUUUAAAAACAAUUUAAGUUUAAUCUAUAACUUUUUUAAAAUGUUAAUUCAUAUAAACUAAUAAGUUUAAAUAUUAUAUUAACAUUUAAGUGGUUUUUUUUUUUUUUUUAAUCCUAUUACUACUUUUUCUUACUUGAUAGAAGAGCCUCAUUUGAAUUAAUUACUGUCACAGCUUAAUUCAAUUAGAAUAAUUACUAUAAAUAUUUAUGUAAUAAAAUAAUAAAGUAAAAACAAAAUUAUUAAAAUUGUUAGUUCUAGUAAAUAAAUAUAGUAUAUAACUUUUUAACUUAAUAAUUGUAUUUAUAUAUUUAUUUACUAUAUUUACUUUAAAUAUUUAUGUGUUCAUGGUUUACUAAAAAUCUUUUUCUUCUCUUCCGCCUUCAUUAUAUUAUUAAGUUUUAACUAUUUCAGGUCAGCCACUUGAUCCUAUUUCUCACCUCACAUUCACUAGUUGUUUUCAUAUUCUCAAUCCCACCUAACAUCAGUUUUUCAGUUUUCCUCUCCUUCUAUUUUCUUUUACUUUUAUUUUCAUUACAAUUCAUACUGCUUUAGAUUUUUCUCUCACCAUAACUUGUCCAAACCAUGUCUAUUUUCUUUUAUUUUAUCUACUAUUGAAAGUCAUCCCUCACCUAUCUCUUAUAUUAUAUUCAUCCCUUAUCUUAUAUUAUCUUCUUACUCCAGAUGAAGUGGUGGUUUAUUAAAAAUAAUUUAUGUUUUAUUCAUUUCAGUUUAAAAAACCUGUUUUUUAUUUUUUUUAAUAUACAGAAUCAUUUUUUUCUUGAAGUUAAUGUUUACUAACUUGAUUAUAUAAGUUUCAUGAUAGAUACAAUCUUAUUUUCAUUAUGUUUCUACCAAAAUAUUGAAUACGUUAUGACAUUCAAAAAAUUAUACAAUUUUUAGCGUAUGAAUAUGUUCAAAUAUUUAAACUUUAAAAUCCUCAAGUAUUAAUGUUAUAAAAAACUUCUCCAUUCGAAUAUAUAUAAAUUUUAACUAUAAAAUAUGUAUAUUAAAAUUAGUUUAAAUAGUUUAAAUUUUUUUUUUAGGAAUUGAAGAUGGGCAAACUAUUCGAAUUAUAGUUAACAGAAAUGAAAUUUUCGUGACGUUCAAAGUGGAGAAAUCAAAUUAUUUCCGAAGAGAUGGUAGUGAUAUUCAUACAGAUGCUAAAAUUUCUAUAUCACAAGCAUUGUUAGGAGGAUCUAUUCGAGUUAGAGGAAUUUAUGAAGAUCACACAGUGGCAGUAUGUAUAUAUAUAUAUAUAUUUAAUUUUAUGAAUUAUAAAUACAAGUACAAUACCUUGAUUUUCCUAUUUAUUUAAUAGAUUACUCCAGGAACUAGUUCACACACAAAAAUUAGAUUAACAAAACAGGGAAUGAAAAGAAUUAAUUCUAAUCAGCAUGGUGAUCAUUAUGUAAAUAUUAAAAUUGAUGUACCUAAAUCAUUGACAGCUAAACAGAAAGAAUUGAUUAAAGUAUAUGCAGAGCUAGAAGAAAAUACACCCGGAACAAUAAACGGCAUAACUUAUAAAAAAGAUGGUGAACAAUUUUUUAUGAAAAUUUGUAGUUUAAAACACUCAAUAUCCUUGUACAGGUUAUGCAAAUUGAAUUUUGUUUUUUUAGUUGUUAUUCUUAGUACUACAUAUUUUUACACGCUAGAUUUUUAUUAGAUAAAUGUUCAUGAGCAGUACAAUGUUUUUUCUCAAAUGGUACCCUACAGUUUUAACCACUUGUUUUUUUUUUUUUUUACAUAUAUAAAUUUUAAUUUUUAAAUCACUUUUUUAUGAACAGGGACAAAUAGCUGUUUUUGCUGUAGAACCCAUUUUGAUGUAUAAAGCCACUUCCACAGUAAACAAAUUCACUCAUAAAAAAUGUACUCAUGAAUAUUUAAUAAUAAUAAUUAAUUUUAAAGAUAAAUUUUUUAUACAUUCAUCAAUAUUCAAUAAUAGUGAAGAUGUUUUGAGCAUUAUAGUUGAUAUUUAAUAGCAAUAAUGAUUAGAUAAUUUUAAAGGUGUAUUUUGAGAAUUUCCUUGUAAAAAUGAUAGUGAAACUAUUACUUGGAAUUUCUCACAAUUUUGAUUAAUCUUGUAUCAAUAUCUACAUAUUUUUUAAAAAAAUUGCACUUCUCCCCCUCCUUCCCCCACUUCCAAUUGGGCGUAGUAUGUAUAUGUACAGCUAGACUGGAUUUUACAAGGACUUUAUAUAAACAACCGCAAUGUUGGCUAACAAUCAUUUAAUAUUUGAUCUAAAAUAUUAUGAUUAACAUCAUUUUGGGAUUGUAACUAUUUGAUAAUUAUUUUUAAUUACUUCCGGUUGGCAGUUUCGGCAUAAUUAUUAGUAGGAUAUUGACCAAUGUUUAUUUGAUCCUUUAUAUUCCAUAAUUACCGAGGAAAAAGUUCUGGUCUUCAUCCAUUUUUUGAUCUAUUUUUGCAGCCAAUAUAGUUGCCCUCAAACCAAUCCAAAAGAUCGUCUAACUUUCUGGUAAAUGGUGUUCUAGUUCAUCUGGGUGUCUUCAAUUUUUACAAAAUCUAAUGCAGUCAUAAUUUUAAUAGAGAGGGCAAAAUCUACAUUUUUUAGUAAUUUGAAAUUUUUGAUACAAAUUUCUAUUGAUUUGAGCAUUUAAAAAGCGCCUUUCAUAGAUAUUAUAGCAGCAUUUAAUUUUCAAAGUCACACAAUAUAAAAUUAAGGCAUAAAUUAGGUUUUUUUUAAUUGUUAUAAUCUAUGAAAAUAUUGUUGGUAUGUUUUUGCUUAUUUAUUUGGUAAAAGUACAUAGAUAAGUAGAUGUACACUUUCAAUAUUGUUAACCAAUAUAAUGUAAACAUGUGCAAAAAGAGGUGGUGCAUUCUUAAAUGUUACAGUGCCCUUAUUGUGACAUAUACUGUUUUACAUAAAAAUAAUAAAGUUAACAAAAUGAAAUAUAUACUAUUAUAUAAACCUGACCCUUUUAGUUUAUUUUUUGAUGAAAAAGUGGUUUUACAUUGAACCUGGUUCUAUGACCAACCAACUGUGAAUUAUCCUAAAUCCACAUUUCUAAUUACAAAAUUAGCUAAGGUGUAACAAUUUAAAUUUUUCAACAUUUAUACAUAUGAGGCUAUUAAGAAGUAAUAUUUAUUUUAAUGGCAAGUUUAAAAUGCUCAAUAAAACACAAUAAACGGUAGAAAAUAAAGAAAUAUUUAUCUUCCUUAUAGUAUUACAAUUUUGUAAAAAUAUUGAGAAAAAUAAUAUACAAUUAACGUAUUAUCAAACUUAUUGAAUAAAUUUAAGUUUACUAUCUCCACCUAUAUUUGACCUUAGAAGUGGUUUGGUUGUUGAAAUUCAUGAAAAAUAAAAAUAAAAUAGUUUUGUACAUGCGCAUAAUCAACAGUAUACAAUUUGGAGUGCAUUACUAAUCAUAACAACUAACUAAAAAAACAAAAUUAAAAUUGCUUGGUUUUGUGCAAGGUUAUUGAGUAUUUUCAAUUAGCAUUUAAACACUAAAUUUAUCAUCAGAAAAUAUUAAUAUUUAUUUGUUUAGUUUAUAUCAUACUCUGAACACUUAAAGUUUCAUAGUCUGGGAGCUUAUUAAAUUGUCAUCUUUAUUAAUAUAAAUGAUUAGUAUUACUUCAAAUUUUUAAAAUUUAAGAAUUUGUAGUCUGUGCAUUUCCCACAAAUUAGUAAUAUAAUUAUGCUUGUAAAACAAACUUGAAAUCUACAAUUUACAUACUUUUUACAACACUUAAACUUAAUCUAAAACAAUAACAAUAUGUGUUUAUACACAUUACAUUUCUGUUACAAGAAGAGAAUAUUUUUUUGUUUUUAGGGUCAUUCGCUGAUCAGACACAAUCAACCCCAACAGAUGAAGGGAUUUUUUCGAAAAUAAAAAAAUUAUUUGGAUAAUUUUUGUUUAAAGUAGUCUACAAAAUCCAGUAAACUAAUUCAAAUUUAAAAGUAAUUACUUUUAUUAUACUUUAUCAAAAUUACCUUGAAAAAUCAGUAACUGAAUUUAAUAAAAAUCCCAGUCUAUGAAAAAUAGAGAUUAUUAGUGUAUUAUAUAUUAUUAUUAUUAGUAGUAGUAGUAGUAGUAUUUAAUUUAUCCAUAUUUAUUUGUUUAUCUAUGAAGAUAAUAUAUAUAUAUAUAUAUUUUUUUUUUUAUAGGUAGUAAAUCAUUAGACAAUGAUUCUUCUGAAAAAGAAAUGUGAGCUACAUUAUGAUAAAUAUUAGAUCAAAAUAAUUAUUUAAGAUAAUGUUUACUAUAAUAAUUCAUUUAAGAAGUUUAUUAUCUUUUUACUAUGCAGUGUUUUUAAAGUUGUAUCUAGGUAGUCAUUAUUUGUUAAUAAACUUAUUUUAAAUAGCCUCAAUUAUUUUAUUGACAAAUUCU